AUAUGCAAGUAGAUGCGAGCAAAACUAUGCACUGACAAACCAGUUGCCCAUCGGUCGUGGGGCUGCAAAAGCCAAUGGGACUAUGGACGUGAAUACCGAACGGGACUGUUUUCCUAUCAACCUACUUUUCCUCAACGACGAUCUGUCAAACGGUGAAAUCCGCCUCUCUAAACAAAACCAGAAAUAUGACCUCACUUUACAGGUGAGCGGAGAGGUUGGGGAAACCGAAUUGACCGUAAAAGACAGCGAUGGGGUGUGUGUGUCAAAGUUUUCUGUCGGCGGGGAGACAGAAUGCUGCAAGGUUGGCACGCAGUCGUUUCUCGUCACCCCGGGCUACUUCAGUGUUCUACUGCAUUUCAGGACACAGAUCGAUUUCCAAACAUUCCAGAAUCUGCUCAAAAGAGGAAUCGGCCAUAAAAUGUCAGCUUUUAACCAGCGGACAGACGAUUCUUCUGCUCUUCAGUAUUUCCAGUUUUAUGGAUGUCUGUCACAGCAGCAGAACAUGCUACAAGAUUACUUGAGGACUGGCACAUACCAAAAGGCCAUCCUGAUGAACGAGGUCGACUUCAAAGGCAAGACGGUUUUAGAUGUUGGCUGUGGAUCGGGGAUCCUCUCCUUCUUCGCGGUCCAGGCAGGAGCAAAGAAGGUGUACGCUGUGGAGGCCAGCUCUGCAGCCAAAUACGCUCAGAUACUUGUCCAGAGCAACAACCUCUGCGACAAAAUCACAGUGGUGGUUGGCAAGAUUGAAGAAGUAUCUUUUCCGGAGGAUGUGGACGUUAUCAUUUCCGAGCCCAUCGGAUACAUGCUGCUGAACGAGCGAAUGCUAGAGAGCUACCUCCAUUCACGGAAGUGGCUGAAGCCCAACGGAAAGAUGUUUCCCACCUCCAGUGACAUCCACUUGGCCCCGUUCACAGACGAGCUGUUGUACAUGGAACACUACGCUCGCUCCAGCUUCUGGCAUCAGACCUGCUUCCAUGGGAUCAACCUCAGCAGCCUCCACAGUGCUUCUUCUGAUGAGUUCUUCAAGCAGCCCAUUGUGGAUACUUUUGAUAUGCAGAUUCUCAUGGCAAAAUCUGUCAAAUACAGCAUUAAUUUCCUUGAGGCUAAAGAGGAGGACCUGCACAAGAUGGAGAUUCCCUUCGUCUUCCACCUCCUCCAGUCCGGGCUGAUCCAUGGGUUGGCAAUCUGGUUCGAUGUGGCAUUUGUAGGUUCCAGGUUGACAGUGUGGCUAUCGACGUCACCGAGCGAACCCCUGACCCACUGGUAUCAGGUCCGAUGCCUGCUUCAGACCCCCCUGUUCGCCAAAGUGGGUCAAACGCUGUCCGGGAAGGUCCUGCUCGUGGCCAAUAGGAGGCAGAGCUACGAUAUUCACAUCACGGCCGUGGUAGACCAGUCCGGCUUCAAGUCUGGCAACAGCCUGGACCUAAAAAAUCCCUUCUUCAGGUGA